GUUUCAUAUUCUCUUGUACAGUUAGUGCCUAUCUUCCGCUUAACGCAACCCGGCAGCGUUCCUGUGGCCCAGCGCCACAUGGCUGGGCACACAAUCGAGUCCUCACCCCCGUGUUCCCAGCGGCAGCGAUGCGUCUCUCUCCCGCCGCAGGCGAGUCAGACCUCGAAAAGACCUUACGAGAUCUAAAAGGCCCGCCUUUUUGAGUUUUUUCUUUUUCCCUUUUCUCAAUCCCCCCACCUCUUCUAUUUUCUCUAACCAUCAACUCUUCAUUUCUUCAUUUUCAUGGCAGCUCCACCCCUUCCGCCAUGGCUUUCCUCUCCUUCCGUCACCCUCACCCUCUCCCCUUCGACCGCCGCACCUUCAGCAUCUUCUCCUCGCCUCCACAUCGAAAAAGGUGCCGCCUUUGAUCUCGCAGAAUGCUGCCGGGAUCUCGAAGAGAAGCACGGCGCGUUGGCUGCUCACAAAAAGGAAGCGGCGUGGCAUCUCCGGAGAGUCGAACAGCAGCUCGAAGCCGAGAAGGCUUGCCGGAAAAGGGAGACGAUGGAGGAAGUUGAAGCGAAAGUGAAGAAGCUGAGGGAAGAGCAAGCGGUGGCUUUGGAGCGGAUAGAUGCCGAGUAUAAGGAGCAGUUGAUGGUUUUGAGGAGGGAUGCGGAGGCGAAGGAGCAGAAGCUUGUGGAGCAGUGGGCGGCGAAGCAUGCGAAGGUUAGGAGGUUGAUGGAGCAGAUGGGGUGCUGCCGCCGGUGAGGAAGUUGGGAUUUUUCUUCUUGUUACUCUUAUGUAUGUGUUCUUGUUUGUCAGUUUCAGUUGGAUUUUAAUUUAGAGAACUCCUGCCGUUGAAUCGCUUUCUCUUUGAAGGGUGAUUUUUAGAAUAUGAAUUGAAGAAUUCGAUAAUGUUAUUUUUGCCCCAAAA